AUGCCGCUACAUCCACCAAAGCGGCAGCGAUCCAGCGCUUCUUCCCCUCCCGUCGUCGCCACCAGCAACGAUGGCGUCCUACCCCUGGACCUUCUCUACGACAUCCUGCUGCGCCUUCCCGCCGAGACGCUCUGCCGUUUGCGCGCUGUUUGCAGGUCAUGGCGGUCCCUUCUCAGCCACCCCGACUUCAUCGCCGGUGCCCGUAACCCUGGCCCGCUCAUCGCUGUUGGCAUAAAAGAUGAGUACUUAUCAGAAGACGAGGUCACCGUCCUCGACAUGGAUUGUGGCGACGCCGUCACGCGGGUAAACAUCGCCGCCAACGACCUUACAUACGGCGAGGCGCACUCCGUUAGUCACGACGGCGUGGUCUGCAUCCUCGGCCCACAGAAUCGGCUCCGCCUGCUCGACCUCCCCAACGGCAGCGUCUUCCUGUUGCCCGACCACGCGCCGCUGCGAGGCCACAAACUCAUCUGGUGCACGGUCGGGGGCGCGGCCUCCACGGUAGAGCACAAGGUGCUCGCCAUCGCCACAUUUGAUAGGCACGAGCCGUUUGUCUGCGAGAUCCUCACUCUCGGCCUCAGCAACGGUGGCUGGAGGGAUAUAGAGAGUCCUCCGUUGGCGCUGACCGGAGCCGUCACUGUCAUCAAUGGGGUCGCCUACUCUCUGUCCCGCUAUGCCACGUCCAACGCGUACCGCCAGAUCAUGGCGUUCGACUUCAACAAGGAGGCGUGGCGGUCGACGUCGGAUUUCCUCCGAGGCCCCGCAAACUGCCGUUGCAUCGUCAGCUUGGCCGAGUUGGAAGGCCAUCUGGUCGCAUGCCACGCCACCAAUCGCCUCACCUCCUCCAUUGAGCUAUGGUUCCUCAUGGACUCGGACCGGUCUCUCUGGUUCAAACGGUGA